AUGCACGACCUUGUAGGAAAACCAUCCAACGACCAGCAUGCUUCCAACUUCCUCCAGCGCAACACCAAAAUGGACCACUUGAGAUAUCUACAUUUCCCCGCAAACAACAUGAAGUGGGUCGAGGACGUCAUGUCGCUCUAUUUCAGAGAUUCCGAGACCGGCUCCGAGCAAGAUACAAACCACAAGAGACGGACACCGUCAAACACGGUGCUUCGAAACGAGUACUGGAAGGGCCGAAUGCAUGGGAGCCAUGAAUCCUCCAUUCACGCGAGACACCUUCGCCCCCUUUGUGAGCUGGUCUCCUCUAGUAAGCGGGAACUCUUUUGGGAAUGA